AGAACUACAUCUCCCAAAGUGCCCUAAGCUGACGGGAGCCGACAUGGCCAUCUUCAGCGUGUACGUUGUGAACAAGGCCGGAGGCCUCAUCUACCAGCUGGAUCACUACGCGCCGCGCUCCGAGACUGAGAAAACUUUCAGCUUCCCGUUGGACCUGGUGCUUAAGCUGCACGACGAGCGCGUGGUGGUGGCGUUCGGGCAGCGGGACAGCAUCCGCGGUGGGCGUCCGACUGGAGGCGCCAGGGAGGCUGGGAAACACUGGGGAUCCAGCGAGGCCUGUGGAACCGUUGGACAUGCUGUGCUUUCCAUCAAUGGCAUUGAUGUGAAUGGGAAAUACACUGCUGACGGGAAGGAGGUACUGGAGUACCUUGGCAAUCCUACCAACUAUCCCGUGUCCAUCCGUUUUGGCCGGCCUCGCCUCUCCUCCAAUGAGAAGCUCAUGCUGGCCUCCAUGUUCCACUCGUUGUUUGCAAUUGGGUCCCAGUUGUCUCCUGAGCUGGGGAGUUCCGGUAUUGAGAUGUUAGAAACAGACACAUUUAAACUACACUGUUUUCAGACCCUAACAGGGAUCAAAUUUGUGGUGCUCGCUGAUCCACGGCAAGCUGGGAUAGAGUCCCUUCUGCGCAAGAUCUAUGAGAUUUAUUCUGACUUUGCUCUGAAAAAUCCUUUCUACUCACUGGAGAUGCCAAUCAGGUGUGAGCUGUUCGAUCAGAACUUGAAACUUGCUUUGGAGGUAGCAGAAAAAGCUGGACCAUUUGGACCAGGAUCAUAGGACUUUUCCAGUGUCAAUAGUGAGCCUCUCCUCACGAGAUAGCUUUUCCAGAAUCCUGUCUCUGGCUACAGCAGCGAGAGAGGAGGUCAUGAGGUCCCAAAUUGCUUUUGUCAUCUCCAGAAAUGCUGCUUUAUUCCAUGGUUGUGGAAUCCACCUUUGCCUAACAGUGAAUAUUAUUAUAGCUAAGAAUGGGCAUAUGUGGCUGAAGCUAUGAUUGCAGCUCUAAUGCUGUCACUGUAACACAGAGGAAGAUAAGACACAACAUGAUGGUAAAACCUCAGUUAUACUCCCCUUUCUCACUCUUAAGUGUGUGUAUAUAUAUAUAUAUAUUAGUUUUUCUCUGCAGCUUUAAUUUAUGGCUCAGACAAAUGGUUACUUUGGAUGUACAAGUAAUAAACAUUCCCUUAAAGUGUG